CACGAAGCCGCGUCGGCAAGUCACGCUUGCCUUCCCUUCUUCCCUCGUCUAUUCGUGUCGCGUGACCGACCCCCGCGAUAAGCUUUCGCGCGGCGCAAACCAAAUCGCUCAAAUCAGAGUGCCAGUUUGGCCAAUUCUCCAAUCCGAGCGUCCGUGAGGUCUCAUCCUAUCCCCAGUUCGACCCUAGCGCGCCCGAUUUUGUUCUAGGGUUUGCUGUUUUGGUCCGGGGAUCUAGGGUUUGGCUGCCAAUUUCGCCGUGAAUUUUUGGGAUCCAGUGGAUUUGCCCCGUCCCGAGUGAUCCCUGCUUGCGCCCCAUGGCUGCGCCGCGGCACGCGGGCUACAGGAGCCAUGACGUGGCGAGGGGGCGGGAGCUCGACCCGGAGCGCUCCAGGAGGAGCAAGGAGUAUCGCCAUCGCCACCCGAGCCGGGACCGCGACUCGGACCGCGGCGACGGCGGCCGCAGCGGGGGCCGCGACAUCGGGCACCGUCGCCACCGCUCGCCGUAUCCGCCACCGAGGAGCCGACCGUCAAGAAGGGAGAAUGGUAGGGAGCCUGGCGAGGUCUCAAGCGGCAGCGGCUCGGAGGAGUCUGGUGGGCGCCCAUUGAAGGCCGGGGUACCGAGGGAGGAUGGUUUUCUGGGAGUUUGCAAGGACGGUAGUGUGUUACCACCAAGUAAGAAGAGGAAGCACUCACCUGUAGUCCUGGAUGCCCAUGUCUCAAAGUUGCAGGCGAUAGAUGAUGUGCGGAGCAGGGGAGUAGUAGACACCGCAGCAGCGGAGUUCCCUUUGCCUUCGCCACCUCCUUUAUCAAAUGACAGUCCUAUGGCCACGGUUGGUGGGUGCUCAAGCCCAACAAAACAUUUGGAUGUUUCAGUGGUUACUCAUGAGGCAGAAUGUUGUCAUGAACAUGAGAAGAAUGGGGUUAUGGUGGGGGAAGAGGAGUGCCCAACAAUGGGAAACAUCUUUACUUCAAGAUGGGCAGAAGCUGAUGAUGAGGAGGAAGAAGUGAUUGUGCCCCAAAAGAAGAAAAGUGUCUCUCCUGCUAACUUGUCUGAAUGGAGAUCUACAGAGAAAGUUGCAAUCCCAGAGCUUGGAGAAGUGCCACGGGUUCAAACAUCAAGAGGAAGCUCCUCAAGUUCGUCUAACUCCAUGGGUAGCGAAAACUGGAAUAUCCAGGUAGACAGGGGUGACUGCAUGGAUGUUGAGAAGGAGGAUGUCAUUGAUUCUUCUGUUGGUUAUACUGAUUUUGGGAGUGAUGCACGCAGGUCUAAAACACCUGAGGCUGUACGUCCACCACGUAGGUGCUUUAACAUGCUUCAGGGCUGUAGAAGUAUUGAUGAGUUCGAGAGGCUCAACACAAUCAAUGAGGGUACAUAUGGAGUUGUUUUUAGGGUGAGGGACAAGAAAAGUGGUGAGAUUGUUGCAUUGAAGAAGGUCAAGAUGGAUAAGGAACGGGAAGGUUUUCCAUUGACCUCUCUUAGGGAAAUAAAUAUCCUCUUAUCCUUUGACCACCCUUCAAUUGUGGAUGUCAAGGAAAUAGUUGUUGGUGGACAUGAUGAUGAUACUUUCAUGGUGAUGGAGUACAUGGAGCAUGACCUGAAGGGUGUCAUGGAGAAGAUGAAGCAACCAUAUACCCAAAGUGAGGUCAAAUGUUUGAUGCUUCAGCUGCUAGAAGGCGUGAAGUAUCUUCAUGACAAUUGGGUACUGCACAGGGAUCUCAAGACAUCGAAUCUCCUCCUGAAUAACCGUGGUGAGUUGAAAAUAUGUGAUUUUGGACUCUCUCGUCAAUAUGGCGGCCCGCUAAAACCUUACACUCAACCAGUUGUGACUUUGUGGUAUAGGGCUCCGGAACUACUUUUAGGAGCAAAGGAGUAUUCUACUGCUAUUGAUAUGUGGUCAUUGGGUUGCAUAAUGGCAGAACUCUUAUCAAAAGAGCCACUCUUUACUGGGAAAAAUGAGAUAGGUCAACUUGAUAAGAUAUUUAGAAUACUUGGCACACCCAAUGAGGAACGGUGGCAUGGUUAUUCAAAAUUGCCCGGUGCCAAAUGCAAAUUUGUAAAGCAACGGUACAAUAGGUUAAGGGACAAGUUUCCAGCUGUAUCCUUCACGGGAGGGUUGACCUUGUCAGAAGCUGGAUUUGACCUGCUAAAUAGGUUGUUGACAUAUGACCCUGAGAAGCGCAUAUCUGCAGGUGAUGCCUUAAACCAUGAGUGGUUCCGCGAGGUUCCUCUGCCCAAAACAAAGGAUUUCAUGCCAACGUUUCCUGCUCUGAAUGAACAAGACAGGAGGAUCAAGAAAUACAUGAAGAGCCCUGAUCCCCUGGUGGAGCAGCAGAUGAAAGAACAAGGGAGCUCAGGAGAUCGUGGUCUUUUUGGCUGAUCUGAAAUCAGAUUUGGGCUUGCUGCAGUAAUCCAAUUUUCAGUGUGAAUAACUGUGAGUACAUGUGCCAAGACAUGAAAGUAACCUGUCCACUUAGUGUGUGGUGACAACUGAUUCUGUUCUAUAGCAGGCAUGGGAUCAGAAGGGAAUAAAAUAUUUCAUUAUGGUCCAUUCAGCUACUAUUCAAAUGUCAGGCUUAAGUCUCUAUCAGAACUCAGGUCACAUUCUAAUCCACCAUCAUUAUAAGGCGUAGAUCUAGUUCACUUUCAAUUUCAUUUGAAGGUUGGGCCUAUUGGGUACACCGGUUUGACCUCUGAAACUUCUCUGUGUAAAAUAUCAUAUAUCGUUGCCUUGUAAUCAGUAAUCAAUGAGAUAUUAAUGACAUCCUAUUUUAUUUUACUCUGUUCAAGUAUUUCAUCUUUCUUUUGGUCUUUCCAUUUUGUUUGCAAGAGUUGAACAAAGCGAAGGGAAGGGUGUAUUUUGUUUUUACAAGGAAAUUGAUGCACUCUUAUCGCAAAUUGUAAGGUAAAAUACUGAGGAGCCUAUUCCCUCUGCUGAUAUGCUAUUGUAAAAAAUGUGAUGAAUCUGUCCCUUUCAUUUCUUAUUUUAAUUUUGUUAAAGACUGGUUUGUACUUAAUAGAGUUAUUAUCUACUAUGACACCAUCCAGUGGCGCUUUUAAAUUGUUGUCUUGAUCCUUGGUGUACCUGGUCUAGUAAAUAUAUAGCUUCCUCAUUUGCAAAGGUGCAAAUGUUACCUGACACAGGAAUUUUCUAUUUCCAAGAAUUAAUAACGGCAUUAGACAGUUUUGGAUCAUUGAGUUUCUAUAUGCAUCUAACAAACCAUUCAGUCCGGGUAUGGCAACGGAGAGACUUAUGUUUAAAUAUGUGAGUUCCUUCAGUCUUUUGCAGUAGCCUAAAUGGCUUCAGAAUGUGGAAACAGAUAUCUAUAUCUUUUGUUGGUUGCUUUCCUGAACACACAGUGAUAUAACUAUGAUGGUUGGAGCUUGGCUACAGUUUACUGUCAUCUUCCCAAAAUAUUGACAGUUCUUCGUUUGAUCUUCUUGGGCAUUCUUUUGAACAUGCCAUAAUUUUCUAAUGUUCUGCUAAAUUAAAAAUUUGCAGAUGGCUUAAUAAUCCUUGCACCUGUGCUGAGAUCUUCAUUUCUGUGAGCUUAUCUGUUGUAACUUCAUUGCUUCAGCUUAAGCCACUUCUUCUGAGAAACUAAGCCAUUUCUUGUGAGACACUAUUGCAUUUGUGGUUAGCAUCCUUGCUGGAACUUGUCAAACUAGAUCUAUCAGCUGUUGUUUGGGAAUGUCAUAUUUGUUCCGUUAGACCUGGUCCUGAUGAUUUUUGUUGCACAAUUAAUGUUCAAACAAUGAUAUAAUUCUUGAUGAACUUGUUAGAAAGUUUACUUAACUCACUGUAAACGUUAUGUGACACGUCUGCAGCUUAAAGCUGUGGCUGUAUCAAGACAAGAAGCUUUCUUGGAUGUCAGACUAUUAUACUUGAACUGACUUUCUUUGUGGCUGGGACUUUAAAGGUGUCACCUAUUACUGUGAAUCCAAGGGAGUUCAGGUCAGCUCCUUUAACUACCUUGGUAACUCCUGACCUCUUCCUCAUUGCACUCCAGUUUUGUUUCAUGUGCUCAUCAUCAUCUUUUAUCAUUCCUGUGUCCUGGAUCCAAAGGCAGUUCAGGUGGAAAAAAAUAUUUAGAUGAAAACGCAGUAUAUUGAAUUGUCCAAUGGUCCAGUUCUUUUGCCAAAAUAAACCCCCCCCCCCCCCCAAAAAAAAAAAGGAAAAAAGUUAACAUACUUUGCUUUUGUCAAGGCUACAUUAGCUCUACUAUCAGAAUCGAGAAAUCCUACAUUCCCACAAUGAUUGCAUCUAACUGUUCAAAAUAUUAUAGUCCUUUUUAUCACCUUGAAGUUAAUAAACAGUGUGUACUUUAUCUGAAAGAAACCCAAUGGUUCUGAAAACUUCCAAUUCUUUCUCGCAAAGCUGAUACUUGGGCUUGAUAUUGAGAUAUUGCACCAACUUAAGUUUUCCGUCUUCUGGUUCGAGCAUGUUGCAUUAAUUUUAAACCAAAGAUACACGAAAUAGAUUUAAGGAAACCCUGAAAACCUACAUGCUAUUUGAAACCUGAAAGGUUAGGUAUACCUCCAAACAAGUCUACAAACAAUAUAGGCCAGUAACAGUGUAACAGAACCCUCAACCAUAUUUUUUGAACUCUGACUACUGUGCUCUUCCAUACCACCUUCAGCAUGAAUGAAUGAAUAAGUACAAUAAAUAAUGCUAGGGAGAUGAAUGUUUUUAUGGAUCUUGGCAUUUAGACCUUCUAUAAUUUUCCAUAGAAGUUUUUAUUUGGAAACUAGACUAUGCAUGUACAGAAAUAAUCACUGGUAACAAACAUAAGGAAUAAUAUUAGGGAACAUGAUAUUCAAAUGAUCCUAUAUGGAGGUCACACUGGGAUCUUUACCAUGAUUGUAGUUGCUUGUCAUCCCCAAUGAGCAUGACAUGUUUUAUCCCUCUGAUUGCAAGAGGGAUCAUUGAUUCACAUUUUUCUAGUCUAGUGACUAAAAGUAACGGCCCGGCAUGCUAAGGAAAUUGAUGUUCCAAGCAUAAACUAUCCAGGACCAAAAAGGUUAGUAUCAAAAGGUUUACUUCCCAUAUGCAUGGAGAUGGUAACCUACUUUUAAGUAUUUCUUCUGUUGUAUGGACAAAUAUUUAAAAACACAAAGCUUAUUAGUCUCAAGCAAGUUGGAGUAAUCUGGAGAUAAAAUCCAACAGAAGCCACUAACAAAGAGGAUACUCCUAUAUAAUUGUGGUAAUGAAUAUAGUUUAGUUAUCAGUGUCUUUGAUACUGGCUUAAUUGUGAUGUUUUGUGAGAUCAUGUUUGCCUGAAACCUAACUGCUUUCAGUUGCCUGAAAACUUAGGACUCUACAGUUGGUAUUACUGUUCAGUGAAUUGCAGGUAGCACUAUUGUUCAGGGCAUUGUAGUUGUUGGGAAUUAUGAUGUAAUGUAGCAAGAUCUAAUGUCUGAACCACAGAAUGUCUAUGAAGCUUGAUUUGUGGCAUCUCAUUUUGUUCAGUGAGUUUGUUUUAAAAAUAAAAGUUUUAAGUGAUAUACAUCUCCAAUUAUCCAAUGUGGCCAAAUGCCAUCUCCAUUUCAUGGCUACCUAGGCAUGGAUGGUAGCAGGCAUGGCAGCCUUUAGGACACCCAUGGAGAUGGCACAUUCAGGUCAGAUCAACAUUGAAAAGAUGGCACAUUCCAGACUGGUGGAGGGCUAUGGAUAGGUUAGCUACGUGAUUACUAAUCACUAUUUCAAUUUAGGAUCUUAUAUUCAAUUAAUUGAAAAGAUCUUAUCUGUACAUUCAAUUGGAUGCCAUUCCUAUAUCAUAUUCAUGGUGGCAUAUUAUCAUCAUGCAUCCUCCAAUAUCCUUCUAGCUGUACUCUGAAUCAUGCUGAAGUCUAUAGAAGUUCGUAGCUAAAAAUGAUUUCUAGAGACUUGUAAUUCUUUGAACUCUCUAGGUACACCUGUGGGAGCUAUUAUUUCUGUCUUCAGCGAGUUAUUCUCGUUUUUUUAUGACUUCGUGGCUCAUUAACUUGUUUUAACCUUUAUUUUGCUCAUUGUUUUGUGAGUGCAAACAAUGUUGGAAGGCACGAUUGCCAGGGUCCAGAGGUGCAACCGUGCAAGGCUUUUGUGCGCUUACUAUUGAAUCUGACGAGUCGAGCCCGGUUUCUCAGAUGCUGCAGUUUGUUAGGCUCGUUUGGAUUUAUUUUAAGAAACAAACCCUGGGGGCAAGAGCUGUAGAUUUCUUGUUGGGCUAAUUUUUGACGUGAUGAGUACUGCUGAGCACAGCUUUUCGAAUCAUGAUGAUUCCGGUCUCUUAUAUGCAAGAUGACUUGACGAAUUUGCCUGAAGUACCUCCUGUUAUUUGACAACUGGGAAAUGAAUUGCUGGGUUCCUGAA